CUGAGACAUCAACAGCCAGAAGAAUAAGCGGCGGCUCCAUUUUGCUAUGUUCCCAUCUCGAUUUUAAAAAAAAGAUUUACUUUAAUAUUGUUUUUACGAUGUCAGCUACCGAUAAAAAUACUCUAGCUGCCUAUUUUAAAAACGGUGGAGUUCGGUCGUUUUCAUUGUAAGCGGUUACAUUGUGGUGUUCGCGUUCAUGAACGUGCCAUUCACCGAAACUCCAUUUAUAACAUUGUAGCUCCUGAAAAACGACGUUGCAUUGGCCAACGUUACAGAUCUGAUUCAUGUCAUGUCAGCAGGGCGGAAUGCGGACGUGCGGGAGCUGCAGAUCCCCCUCCAGCAUCGCUCUCCCUCCCUGGCUGCUCUCUCUCUGGCCCAGCGCCCCUGGCCCAGCGACCCCGAGGCAGGCUUCUUACCCCAGCACGGGGGCUUCUGGGACCACUUCAUAGCCACCCCAGAGCCCAAAUACUGCUGUGAGGCCUGCAGGCUAGUGCUCUGCAACCCCAGGCAGACAGAGUGUGGACACCGCUUCUGUGAAACCUGCAUCUCCGAGCAGCUAAGCAAACCAAAUCCAGUAUGUCCAGCAGAUAUGGAGCCGCUGUUCAAAGACAAGAUCUUCCGUGAUGUGUGCUGCCAUAGAGAGAUCAUGGCUCUGAGAGUGUACUGCAGGAGUGAGAAGAAUGGCUGUAAGGAGCAGAUGAGUCUACAUCAGGUCAUGGAUCAUUUGAAUGUGUGUCCGUAUUUUGAGGUGCCAUGCCCUUUAGGAAAGUGCAAAGAGAAGAUGAUGCGCAAAGACAUUCCUGAGCACUUGAGUUGGAAAUGUAAACACAGAGAGACCACCUGUGAAUUCUGCAUGCACAAGAUGGCCAUGACUGAAUUACAGAAACACAAAGAAACCGUUUGUCCUUCAUUUCCGGUGGCCUGCCCCAAUCAUUGUACUUUUCCCUCCAUCUUACGGAGCGAGCUGACAAGUCAUCAACAUGAGUGCCCCAAGGCUCAUGUCACCUGCUCCUUUAUCCGCUUUGGAUGCAAUUUCAAGGGUCUCAAUCAAGACAUGAGGGAUCAUGAAUCUAGCUUUGCUUCUGAACAUCUGCGUCUGAUGGCAACCAGGAACACUACGCUGGAGGCCAAGAUGGAGGAUGUUAAAGGAGAGCUUCUGGAGCGGUACAAGGUUUUGCCAGGCCUAAGCAGCCGUCUGUCUGAAACAGAGUCUCAGUACGAGGAGAUGAGGGAGAAUAACAGACAGCUGGAGCAGAAGCUCACUACCAUGCAGAACUUGAUGAGUUCCCACUCUGAGAAGCUUUUGGAGAUGGAGCUGGAGCUGAGGUCUCUGAGGACCAUCCGAGAGGAGGUGGAAACACUACGAGGCACCGUGGAGAGCAUUCGUUCCAGGGUUGCAUCGCUAGAGGGAGGAAGGGGCGGGGCCAUCCCAGCCACACACACACUAGGUUCUUUAGAGACACAGCUCUCCCGUCAGGACGACAUGCUGAGUGUCCACGAGAUCCGCUUGGCCGACAUGGACCUGCGCUUCCAGGUCCUAGAGACGGCCUCCUUCAAUGGGACGCUCAUCUGGAAGAUCCGUGACUACAAGCGGCGGAAACAAGAAGCCGUGGCGUCAAAGACCCUGUCUCUCUACAGCCAGCCUUUCUACACUGGCUACUUUGGCUACAAGAUGUGUGCCCGGGUCUACCUGAACGGAGACGGCAUGGGGAAAGGAACCCACCUGUCUCUGUUCUUUGUGGUGAUGCGUGGCGAGUACGAUGCCCUGCUGCUCUGGCCCUUUAAGCAGAAGGUGACUCUGAUGCUGAUGGACCAGGGCCCAGCCAGGAAGCACCUAGGGGAUGCCUUCAAACCAGACCCCAACAGCAGCAGCUUCAGACGACCCACGGCAGAGAUGAACAUAGCCUCGGGCUGCCCGCUGUUCGUGGCCCAGACUGUGCUGGAGAACGGUACUUACAUCAAGGAUGAUACCAUCUUCAUUAAGGUCACAGUGGACACAUCUGACCUCCCUGACCCUUGACCCCUGGUCUGUAGAGAACAGCAGAUGUAUCUGGAUUAUGUGAGAGAGAUUGCAAAAGAUGGAAUGGAGAGAGCAGAAAGAAGGAUGGAGAACAAGAAAAGAACAGAAGUCAGAAGAGUAAGGUUUCUUUGCAGAUCUCAAGGUGCAGCCUAAGCCUGCAGAAAGAGCUGGGUGGACCUCAGAGCAGUUGCCUUUGGUGCCUGUGUUGCUCACCAGAUAGGUGAGAGAAGGAAGUGGUUCUUUUUCAACCAGGCUGAAUGUUAAAAAGUCUAAAGAAUGCCUAUAUUACUCACAGCAGGGAGAGGUAUAAAUGGCAAUGGAUAGUGGAUCAUUCUAACCCAAGUUAUCAGGAUGCAACCAUCAUCAAACUACAUGAACCCAGUAUGUAUGUAUGUAUUUAUGUAUAGCAAUCUACCAGAACUAAAAAUCAUAUAGAAUGGAGAUAGUGAAUAUAUUUCAGUAGACAUUAAUCAUUUCUGCCUUGAAGAACAUGGGACAGUGCAUCAUCCAACACAAGUCGAGGUGUGGAAAUAGUUGGGCACGGGACAACUAUCUUCUGUAAUAUCAAAUAUCUCUGAGAACUCAUUACUUGACUUUGAUGAAACAUGUCUACAUUAAAGCCAGAAGAUACAAUCCCACAUUACAUGUUGAAUAAGGAGAUACAAUGCAAUAUGUGGUUGUGUAUGUUGUUUGCAUUGCUGGUGAAGUUUGGUUGUAUUAUUACAUUGUUAAAGUACAGAAUGUAACGUACAGUAUGUAUGUUUCUAGUCUUGUGAUUGUGUUGGAGAAAGUUGUUGAUUGACAAGAUUUUAUUAACAGGUGUUGUGUGAGCAGCAGGGUGUGUCUUGUGUGCAGGCUACAGCCUGUCUCUUAUUUCAGAUUUGGUUUUAGUGGACCUGGUCUGCAUCUGAAAUGGCAUCCUGCUACCUAUAUUGUGCACUACUGUUGGCCAGAGCUGUACAAAAGUAGUGCACUAUAUAGGGAUUCGGGUGCCAUUUCAGACACAGACAAAGAUGGCACAAAGGAAUGGAUACACACCGGUACAGCAAUGCCACUGUCUCGCGGAGUUAAGAAUAAGACUUUCAUUUUGAAGAUCUAUAAAGAUCUGUAAAUUACUUCUAUACUGCUUUUUGUAACUUACACAUUGUUUUGUAAUGUUCAGAACAGAUGCUGUGCAUCAUAUUUUUUUUGUAACAGUUGGGAAAACAAAAUGCCUCAUUAAAACUCCAACCAUGUUGAUUGAGCUGAGACAUAAAGUGACAGUGACUUGUUUUCAUGAUGGUUGGUGGAGAAUGUUAUUUGCACAAGUUAUGUUUGAAUGUGUAUUAAUAAAAUUGUUAAACAAAACUUGAA